CGUGGCCUGCAGGCGGCAGGGGCGUCCACCUCCCCGGCCCGCGCUGGGAUGGAGCUGGGUCUCCGUGGGCGCCCGGCCCCCGGGCAGGGGCUGACCUCGGAGACCCCAGCGACUGCAACAGCAGCUUCCGGUGCAGUGGAUUCCCGCCGCUUCCUGUUGUGUCUCUACCUGGUCGGCUUUUUGGACUUGUUUGGUGUCAGUAUGGUUGUCCCACUGUUGAGCCUUCAUGUCAAGUCCCUUGGAGUGAGCCCUGCAGUUGCUGGAGUGGUGUGCUCCUCCUAUGGCAUCCUGCAGCUCUUCUCCAGCACCUUUGUGGGCUGCUGGAGUGAUGUGGUUGGAAGACGGUCCUCCUUGCUGGUGUGCAUUCUGCUCAGUGCCCUGGGUUAUCUCCUCCUUGGAGUAUCCACCAACGUGUUCCUGUUUACACUGGCUAGAGUCCCCGUGGGUAUUUUUAAACACACCCUCUCCAUCUCCAGGGCACUGCUUUCUGACCUGGUCACAGAGAAGGAGCGGCCACUUGUACUGGGACAGUUCAACACAGCCUCGGGUGUAGGCUUCAUCUUGGGCCCCAUGGUUGGUGGAUAUCUAACAGAGCUGGAUGGCGGAUUCUAUGUGACGGCUUUCAUCUGCUCUUCUGUCUUCCUUCUCAAUGCUGGUCUCGUUUGGCUGUUACCUUGGAGAGAAACAAACCUCAACAGCGCGGAGAAUGGUUGGACCUGGGAUCAGAAGCAAGCUACGGCACCCAGAAGGUCAGAAGGUGCACUGCCGGGAGCAGCCGCCACCCCUAGGACCAGGAGGAGUGAGAAGGAAGUGCAGAGGCCCUGGGUUGAGGUCAUGUCAGCCUUGAAGGACAUGAAGAGCCUCCUAUUUUCCUCACUGUGGGACGUGUUUCUUGUGCGCUUGCUGAUGGGGGUGUCUGUCAUGCUGUACUAUAGUAACUACGUCUUGGCCCUGGAGGAGCGUUUCGGGGUCCGGCCCAAGACCACGGGCUACCUCAUCAGCUACACCAGUGCCCUGGGUGCCCUGGCUGGCUUCGCCGUGGGGCCCAUUCUACGGCUUUACAAACACAACUCCCACAUGGUCCUGCUGCACUCCAGCGCGCUCACCUGCCUGCUGCUGCUGCUCUACUCCACGGCCACCACCAUGGAUGUGGUGGUCUUCUCCUCGACACUUCUGUCCUUCUCAUCCACCAUCGGGAGAACCUGCAUCACCGACCUCCAGCUGAGGGCCGGUGGGGCCCAGGCCAGUGGCACUGUCAUAGGUGUGGGCCAGUCUGUGACGGCCGUGGGCCGUAUCAUUGCCCCUCUCCUCUCAGGAGUAGCCCAGGAGAUCAGUCCCUGUGGACCCCCAAGCCUGGGCGCUGCUUUAGCCCUGGUGGCUAUUUUAAUCAUGUCACUAAACAAACCUCGUUCAGGUAGUUAUGGAUUGUAGUCUUGGGGACCCAGCCCCAGGCUGCAGGCAGGGCUCAAAAGAGAAAGCCACAGCAUUGCGUAACUAGACUUUUUCUAUCUGAGAGGAGAAGAAACACACACACACACACACACCUGUUUUCUUGGUGGUUACUUUUCUUUAUUCUCACGCUGCUCCUCCCAUGCUGGUACACUCAUAUUCUUUCUUGUUGCUCCUUGUAUUACUACAUUGUUCCAUCUUACCAUGUCUUUUUACUGUUUACAUAUCCCAACCAAUUAUCUCAGGCCAUGUAAGAAUCAUAAGGUCACAUUUCAAAGGUAAAGAGUGUAGUAACUUCUAAUUUGCCAGGAACACUCUGCAGCCCUCAUUUGGGGCUAUAGAGUCAAAUUAUUUUCUCCAGCCUUGACAAGUCAGAAUAUAUUUUCACAAAUUGGAGGUCAGGAAAUGGGUGCAAGGACUUGACCAUUUUCCAGCUAGCAAUAAUUGGGCUGUCUUUGUAUUUACAACCUAGCCAGAUAGUACAGCUGUGUGUCCUUGCUGAACAAAAUUGGGGAUGUUUAUCUAAAAGACCAUUAACAAGGUACCUGGUCUAAUCUAAAGCUCCUUUGAAGUUUUGUUUCACCUAAUGAUAUACAAGAAAACUGUAACUGCAAUUCUCAGCAUAAAGAUCGACAGAAUUUGAGCCA